AUGGGGAGGAAGGUAUCUGAUCAGGGCAUGGCAGGCAUACAAAAGUUAGACCAGUUGUACCGCGAGGGUGUCAAUUUUAUGAUGGUGGAUUUGAACAGGGAUCGAGCAGCAAUGGAAAAAAUCAAGGAGGCUCACAGAAGAGUGAUUGUGGCUAACCAUCCAGACGCUGGUGGGAGCCACUAUCUUGCUUCCAAGAUCAAUGAAGGUAAGGAGGUAUUGACCAGAAGAACGGGGGAACGAGUCAGUAUUCCAAGAUCAUGCUAUGAAUGCGGAAUGCUUGAUGGUCUAAAUGAAAAUUCUGUUGGGUGA